AUGGAGCAGACAGUGGUGCUGAUCACAGGAUGCUCCUCGGGGAUAGGCCUCAGUCUGGCCGUCCGGCUGGCCUCGGAUCCAGCGAAAAUGUACAAAGGUAAGCAGCGACUGACUUGCAAGGACCACCAUACAGAAAGCGUUUAUUUUAUUCAGUGCUGUAAGAUCAUGUAAUAAACAGCGUUGGUACAAUACGUGACAUGUUUGUUGCAUAAUGGCUUUGAAGCAGUAAGCUGUCUCUGAGUAUUAUGCCUGUUGACUACAUGGCAGGCACAUAUUAGAAAACAUGUUUUGGUUGGUUUAUCUGCAUCACAAUGUAAUUACAGAAAAUUAUAGUUUUGGAAACUAUGAUGACAAUAUAAUGUUGUUGUAAAGCUCUGUUUCAUACUUUUUGUUCCGUACAUGUUUAAUGGUAGAUCUCUGAUGGUGAAAUUUCUGAUGUCCUUGACCACUGAUAUCCCCUGUGUUUAGUCUAUGCCACCAUGAGGAAUCUUGCCAAGAAGGAGCGUCUGCUGGACUGUGUGAAGGGCCUGCACAAGGACACCCUGGACAUCCUCCAGAUGGACAUCACUGACCAGGGGUCCAUUCUGGAUGCCAGGGACAGGGUCAGGGAGAAGAGGGUGAACAUUCUGGGUACGGCCAGAGUCAUGACUUACAGUAAUAGUGUAAUAUUGUGUGCGUGUGUGUGUGCGUGUGUGCGCGUGUGCAUGCGUGUGUGUGUUUGUGGGGUUGUGUGUGGUUGUGUGCGCAAAACAGAAGAACAGAUGUCCUUCAUAUUUUUACAUCAAAGACUAUUUCUUUACAUGUGUACAGCAUACAUUAUGUCAUGUGCUCUGACUUUCUGUGUGUCUGUGGUCUUCUUGUUGGCAGUGUGUAAUGCUGGGGUGGGGUUGAUGGGGCCGUUGGAGGCCCAGUCCCUGGCCACCAUGAGGCAGAUCCUGGAAGUCAACCUCCUGGGCACCAUCAGCACCAUCCAGGCCUUCCUACCAGGGAUGAAGGCCCAGGGCCACGGACGCAUCCUGGUCACUGGCAGCAUCGGUGGGCUACAGGGUGAGAGAGAGAGAGCAGGGCUGGGGUGACAGGAGAGGGAGUGGGAUGAAAUUGCCCUUAGACACUGAUCUGAGGUCAGAUUUUGAGCUUUGUUUAGUAUUUAUUGCCAUGAUAAUCACAGAUCUGUGUGUGAUUGUAUUGUAGGACUCCCCUUUAAUGAGGUGUACUGUGCCAGUAAGUUUGCAGUAGAGGGCGCCUGUGAGAGUCUGGCCAUUCUCCUGCAGCACUUCAACAUCCAGUGAGUCCAGACAGUGGUCAUCAGCUCAUGUAUCCCUUUGUCAGUGUUUCGUUUUGGAUGUGCACUGUAUGUGCAACACUCUGUGUUGGUAUUGAUUCUCUCCAUCCACCAUUAUGCAGUGUGAGUCUUAUUGAGUGCGGCCCUGUCAACACGGAUUUCCUGGACAACCUGCAGAGGGCAGAGCCAGGGGACUCUUCGCUGCAGCAGGUCGACGCCCACACACGCAGCCUCUAUGACACGUACCUGCAACACUGUGGGAUGGUGUUCCAGAAUGCAGCUCAGGACACAGAGGAUAUUGUGAAGGUACAGUAGGCUGUGGUGUGUCUGCAGUGAGCAAGAAGGACCACUAGAGGGGGUAAUAUUCCUAGUGCUUACUUGACAUCAAUUAGUUAUUUAGGUGCUCCUCUCCCUCUUUCUCCUCCCUGUCUCCAGUGCAUACUGCAUGUACAUACAUAUAAUGUAUAUGAUACUAGAUAUUUAUAGAUUUUCUAUGGAAGUGUAAGUAGUACUUUUGAGUAGAUUUGAUAGCAGGACCCCUCUCACUAUAGGUAUUUCUGGAUGCCAUCCAGUCAUCGAACCCUGCAUUCAGAUACUACACCAACAAUGCCCUCCUUCCCCUCAGCAGCCCUAAGAUCUCAGCACUGGACGGGUCCCAGUACAUCAGAACUAUGAGCAAGAUCAUCUUCUCAACCAACGGGAAAGAGGAACAAAAAUAG